AGUCCAGUCCGGACCCCCACGAUUUGGAAGGCGAAGUCGAGGCAGUGAACCUCAGCAGGCCUCGUAUGUGCUGCGUCUCAGACAUGACUGAACGAGGAAAUGUGCCGCUGAUGCAUAGAUUCACAUGUACGUAAGAAUCUGCCCCGACAUCUGCUGAGGUCACAAUGGCGUUCGUCCCCGCCCUUGUGCUGCUCACAUUGAGCCUCGCCAAUGAGGCUCGCGCACUAGGCAAUGAAGGCUGCGAGGCGCAGUUAUCGCAGUUCACCGGUUCUGCAGGUUUGACCACUGAAAGCUUACUACAUGUCAUCUCCUACUUCCACGUUGCAGGCGCAUGCAUGGCGGAAUGUAAAGCAAUUACGCCUAGCUCAGCCAUUCGUCGACUCGAUCUCAACGAUACCGACAGCCUCGCAUCAUGAAGUUGGAGGACUGGUGAUGAAUUCGGUGAAGCAGAGCCUCAUGCAACGGGGCAUACCAGCCUGGUGUAUAUCUGUCAAUCGCGGAUGCGCGAAGGACAUAGGUCCCUACAGUGUACCUCAGGAAUGCCACAUCUCUCACCGCACUCUCAUCCACCCAUCGUAUACCUCCUACGCAAUGUCUUAUGUCGAGGAUACUUUUCCGGUCUACCGUCUAGACCAGGCAGAUUUGGAGAAAUACCUGAGAGAGUUGCACGGUUCGCGUGACUUCCACAUCGAAGUCAUUAACGAUACGUACAAGUUCCGAAUUCCGAGAAGGUUGGAGGCGAACGAGAGAAAAACGCUUAGGGGCCGUAGAUGGGAAGACGACUGAAGAAAGAUGUUGGCAGCGAUCUUGUGGGGGCGGGCUGCAUGCUCGUCUGCCGCGGGGCUAGAAAGGAAUUCGUGGCGAUGUCCUAAGGCGACACCGGACUAGGAACUCGGCGCUGCGGUCAUUUGCUCUGUUGGUAUAUAACUCAAUCUACCCAGUCUUCUCAAUGAGGGA